UGAUUGCUCUGACAUCUGUGUAAGUUUUUGCACGCGUCGAACGGUCACACAUAAUAUUUUUUGUGUUUUUGUGCUCUCUCCUUUCGUCGGUAGUGCAAUAUUGCAAUACGAAUUACAUAAAAACGGGAAAAAAUCAGGCAAAACUAGAACUAGAAGAUCGCGGCGAACGGGCAAGCGAAUACUUGCACAAAGGCAACAGAGAAAAAGAUGCAAGAACGGGAAAAACGUAUUUACGCAUUACGCAGCGAGUCGUUGAUUUGCCGUUGUUUUUUGUUUUUAUAAUGCCAAUAGCGGAGUAGCUGCACCAAAUGCAGUUUACUGAGAUCUCUUGUGAUAACCAUUACAACAACAGCAACUACGUCGCUGGAGUGCAAUCAACAAUUACAACGCAAUCAGAACAAAGAACUACCAGCAGCAGCAGCAAAAACAACAAGAACAAACAAACAAACGGUGGACUGAGCAGAGCGAAGAACGAGAAGGAGGAAGAGGAAGAAGAACAACAAUAGCAGACGACGCAUAAUUUCCUGCUCGCUCCCACACACACACACACACACACUUGCACUCAAAAGUUCGCUUGCACAAGGAGAGCGAAACAACAAAGAAUAUCGAAAAGCGUGGGAGAGGAGGCACCGAGGAGCGAGCGAAAGGGAAAGGAAAAAAGAAAAACGGCGGGGGAGCAAACUGCAUUUCUGGAUUCGGAUCUGGAUCUCUGGAUAUAUCCACACGUAAAAUGACCAAUUCGGGACGCAAUCAUCAUCGAUUCGAUUUCCUGUUGCAGUAAGUGAUUUAAAAAUAAUAAAACUCAAAAGCCAAAAAUAAGCAGAGAAGGAGCGCUGAAAAGCCGGGAGCAACGUAUUGAAGACGCAAUUUGUGAAUAAUUUAAUCGAGCGUUCACACGGCGCCAGCUGUGAAAAUAAAGAGAGUGAGAGAGAGAGAGUGCUGAAGAGUUAAUUGAAUCGGCAGAGGCAACAGAUAAGAACCGGGUAUGUUUGCCAGCUCCGCCGAGACGGGCGUCAUGGAGGUCGGCGGCACCAGUGGCACCGGCAGCAGCAGCAGCAGCAGCGGCAACAAUGGCGGUGGCAGCAGCAGCAACAGUGCCGGCGCCGGCGGCAGCAUCGAGCUGCUGUGCCCGCCCAGCGGCAGCAGCAGCAUCAGCGGCAGCGCCAGUUUCAGCAGCAACAGCGGCGCCAGCGGCAGCAGCAGCCAAACGCACAGCACGGCCGUCAGCAGUGCCACAGAUCGCAGCAACAACAACGGCAACAAUCACAAUCCGAGCUUACAACUGAAUGGUAAUGGUAGCAGCAACACGAGGCAACACAGCAGCGGCAGCAACAGCAGACAACACAGCAGCAGCAGCAGCAGCGGCAGCAGUAACAGCAACAGCAGCAACAUAAGCCCUCCCCCCAGCAGCAGCAGCCGCAGCAACAACAACAAUAAUCACAGCGGCAACAUCAUUAGCGGCUUUUGCAGCACCAUUUGGCGUUCGGCCACAUUUGGCAGUGCCACGCCCGUGAUUAACCCCUUACCAGCGGUACUUAUUAACCCCAAGAUUAUGGAGAGCAGCAGCGAUAGUUGCUCCUUGAGCUCCACGACCACGCCGGAGGUUGGCCUGGCUGAUCAGCAAAGGAACAUGGCCGGCGGCGCUCAAGAUCAGUCAGAGGAUCAGUCCCAAACAUUCCUAGGCGCCACCGAACUGGACGAUGAGUUAAUCAAACAACUGCCAAAGGAGGUACUGCUGCGCGUCUUCUCCUACCUGGAUGUUGUCUCACUAUGCCGCUGUGCACAGGUAUGCAAAUAUUGGAACGUGCUGGCCCUCGACGGUUCCAGCUGGCAGAAAAUCAAUCUAUUCGACUUUCAACGUGAUAUCGAGGGUCCAGUGAUUGAGAACAUAUCGCAGCGAUGUCGCGGUUUUCUCAAGUCACUGUCGCUGCGUGGCUGCCAAUCGGUGGGAGAUCAGUCCGUGAGAACUCUAGCGAACCACUGCCACAAUAUCGAGCACUUAGAUCUGUCGGAUUGCAAGAAGAUAACCGAUAUAUCCACACAGUCCAUCAGCAGGUAUUGCUCCAAGCUAACGGCCAUUAAUUUGCACUCGUGCUCCAACAUAACAGACAACAGCUUGAAGUACUUAUCCGAUGGCUGUCCAAACCUCAUGGAGAUCAACGUGUCCUGGUGCCACCUGAUCUCCGAGAACGGUGUGGAGGCGCUGGCUCGCGGCUGCGUCAAGCUGCGCAAAUUCAGCAGUAAAGGUUGUAAACAAAUAAACGACAAUGCCAUAAUGUGCCUGGCCAAAUACUGUCCCGAUUUAAUGGUGCUAAAUAUACACAGCUGCGAGACCAUAACCGAUUCAUCGAUUCGCCAACUGGCCGCCAAUUGCCACAAGCUGCAGAAGUUGUGCGUGUCCAAGUGCGCGGACCUCACCGAUCUCACGCUGUUGUCCCUCUCGCAGCACAAUCAUCUACUGAACACCCUGGAGGUGUCUGGGUGUCGCAACUUCACGGACAUUGGCUUCCAGGCGCUGGGGCGAAACUGCAAGUAUCUGGAGCGGAUGGACCUGGAGGAGUGCAGCCAGAUUACAGACCUAACGUUGGCUCAUCUUGCCACUGGCUGUCCCAGCUUAGAGAAAUUGACCCUGUCGCAUUGUGAGCUGAUUACGGACGAUGGUAUUCGACACCUAACCACUGGCAGCUGUGCUGCGGAAAUUCUGUCCGUGCUGGAGCUAGACAACUGCCCCCUGAUAACCGACCGAACGCUAGAGCAUUUGGUGUCCUGCCACAAUCUGCAGCGCAUCGAGUUAUUCGACUGUCAGCUUAUCACCCGCACCGCCAUACGCAAGCUGAAGAACCAUCUACCAAAUAUCAAGGUGCACGCCUACUUUGCCCCCGGAACGCCGCCGGCUGUGACCAGCGGCCACCGACCACGCUAUUGCCGCUGCUGUGAGAUUCUCUGAGAUACGGCCAUCGGCUUCGCCAGAAAGAUAAUGCGAAAGACAGCCACGGACUGAUGCUGGCCCGUGUGCAUCGUCAUGUUCGCCAUGGUGUUCAGCCUGACCCUCGUCUCGAUGAUCUGCAUGUACUUGCUGGGCCUGCUCGACGCGGCGAUGACCACAUGGCCACCAGAUUCAAAUUAAGAUCCAUCCGACACAGCAGAAGCAGAAGCAGCAGCAGCGGCUUGAUCGAAACCGAAACCUUACCCUAGUUUUAAUUUAAAGCGAGUUUCAAAAACUCGCAGAAACCAGCAUCAAAUUGUGAUUAUUUUAUUUAAUAUGCUACGUUAUCUAGACCCUCACUUGUGCAAACUGUAUUAGCGCCCACACUCUAUGUUUGUUAUUAACUGCAGCCCGAUGAAUUGCUAGCUUAUAUAGAUCUGUAUAUAUACAUAUAUGUAGUCGAUCCACGGCAGCUUCAGAUGGUUCCGCUGAAUGUUCUGUGUCUAGCCUAAAAACUGCAAUUAUGUGCGUUUAGUUUUAACUCUCAUACACGCAUGCCUGUAUUAAAAGUGUUUGCUAAAUUAAUUAUUAUGACUAAAUUAAAAAUCCAUCUGGAGCGUGCUUCGGACUUUAUCUCUCACUGGUCCCAAAAACGAAAAGAAAAAAUACUGGAGUUUCCAAAUUCCGAAACAUGUCGAUAGAACCGCAAAGCGUUCAAAACACUUACUAUCCGAGAUACUAUUAAUUUCACUUUUAGUCCACUCAAGUCUAGUGCCAGCUAAACUGUUCAGCAAUUAGCAUUAUCUAUGUAUAGCCAUGUAUAUUACACAACGAACAAACGACUCACACUGGAUCAUCUUCCCCGAAACACCAAGCAGUACCCACGUCAAUAAUCCAAUAAAUCUAUAUACACCUUUUGGGUUCACACAGAUA